CCAGCACACAAAUAUCUUCAAGCAGUGUUUGGAGGAGGCAAACACUUGCACACACACUCCACCUGUUUCUUUGUACAGUGACACGUCGGGAUGGGAGUUACAGGAGCGGUCUUUGACAAACCUGCAGACGUCCUGUAAGACCCAGCUGGUUGCUCGCCGCUCGCUGAGCGUUUCCACACCUGCAGGCGGAAAGAAGCAGGAGCAGACACCAUGAUUGACCUGAGCUACCUGACGGAGGAGGAGCAAGGGGCGAUAAUGACGGUGAUGAGGAGGGACGCCGAACUGAAGAAGGCAGAGGAGGAAAGAAUCAGGAAACUGGAGAAAAUACGUGAGAGCAAGUCGCAGUUGGACUCCCAGCUGAAGUACCGAACAGGAGAGUGGUUUUAUGAGGCCAAGUCUCGCAGACAUAUGGACAAAAUCCACGGCUCGGAGAUCAUCCUGGCCUCCAUGAAACAGAGGAAAGCAGGUUUAGAUGGUUCUCUCAGACUUGAAAGACUCAAGACACCCAGCAGUCGAGGUUCAGACAUCGCCGCUCCUCCCAAACCGGCCAGGUGUUCAGGAGCACUGCAGCCGCAGGAGAUCAACAAUGCAGAAAAAGAGAAUAUCAAUUCAGAGGUCCGCUCUCCAAGAACGCCACGGCACAACCCUUUCAACCGUGCUUCCCUUAUUGUUGUUGAGCCACCUGAAAAUAAUGAUGACAUGUCAACCUGUCGGGACCAGGAGUCAUCUGAGACAGAGCCCAUAUCGCCACUGAAGAGACACCCAGCGGAGAGCAGUCGGACUUCAACGUGCUCCCUCGCAUCAGAGGGUUCUUCUGCAGCUUUCAGGCCAGUGCCAAAGAAGAGGACCUUUCGCUCCAGACGUACCUCCAGUCAGUCAGAUAGCAACAGCCUGCCGUUGGAUUCUCCGGGAGAGGCAGCGGGAAAUGUUCCCACCCCAAGACCGAGCCUCCAGCGAGGAUCCAGCGAGAACUCCAACUGGUCCUCCAUCAAGGGCCAAGAUGAAAUACCGCAGAAAACUCUAUCUAAUACAGCUCAGCCUUCCAAACCUCAAGGUGAAAACUUGCAGCAGCCACUCUGUGAUGUGUCUCAGCAUUAUUUUGACUCUGGUCUGAAGAAAGAAAGACACCCACCUUCAAUAACAAGAGACAGACUUGCCACGUACACCAGGAGCGAUGCAUCCACUGACAGAGAGAUCCCACUGAAGAGUGAUGAACAACAACAUGAUGAAGUUGUUCUGCACACAGGCAGCAUUCAGGAUACAUACAGAGAAAAGAAUAGCAGUUUGGGUACAGGAAUGAGGCCGAAAGAUUUGAGUCUGCCCCAAAGCACAGUGGAUCCAGAACCCCCAGUGUCCUAUGAUCUCAUCUUCAUUGAUAAGUCUGAUCAGCAAGCAAAGACGAAAUCAAAUCAAAAACAUGCGUUUCAAUUAUCGACUCAGACAACCAGUCCAACUGGUGGAGAGGAGGACUCCAUUGCUAAGGUGCUGGACUGGUUUAGCCGCAGCACAGACAGCAUUGAUUUGCCACGGACACUCGACGGUCCAAAGGCCAUCCAGAGCUCUGAUAAACGCACAGAAAUAAGCAAAUCAACGGAUGAAGGUUCAUUUAUAAAAGAAACUGGGGAUUUUGUAAGUGUCAGAAAGAAUGAAUCUCUUAAAAUGAGAAGAGACUCCAAUGAGGCCAAAGAGUUGAUAGCUACAGACACAGAAACCCGCAAAGAAGUAGAAAAUGAUAUCAGAGAAAGAAUGCAGUCACAAGAAGUUAACGAUAUUAACGAUAAAAGCCAACCACCCAAAAUAUCUCACCUGACGUCAUUCUGGGAGAAAAGCAACACAGGACAUAGAAUACUUAUCGGCAAAUCAAUCAAGCCUGGCGACAAAGGAGAAAAAUCUGGUCAUGUUUCAGCGGAGAAAGAAAAGAACAAAGUAACUAAACCACACACAGCGCCUGAUAUGCCCACUGUGACAGGAAUUUACAACGGAAAGGGAAUUUAUGAUCAAUCCGCUUCAAAUUCUGGGGAUUCAAGCCAACAACAGAAAGAUACUGCACAGAGUCUGGUGAUCAAUACUUCAACUCAGCCAAAUUACAAUGACCCGACUCUCAACUCCAAUUUUUUAAAGUCAGCAACCAGUCCCCAAGAAGCUGAGAGAAGAGGCUCAGUCACUGAGAUCUUAUCUGUAAACAGAAUAAGUCCACAUCCAAGGGCACACAUCCAGUCCGGUGCGCGACCUGACGGUACACCCCAAUCCAGAAAAACCUCUCUGCAAGACGAACUGUCAAAAACUAUUCCAGUGCUUCACCUGGUUACAGAUCCCGACUCUAAGAAGCUCCAUUCGUCCAGAAACCGCCCAUCUAUGCGAGACACGCAAGGUGAUAGGCAAAUCCCCCCUAAAACACAAAUGCGUCGAGGUUCAAGUGAAGAUAUACAGACAAGGAAUGGUGAGGGUCAAAGUGUCUCCCUUAAACAAAAGGGGGAUACGUCUAAAAAAGACGGACUUAACGGCCCUCACUCAAUCAAACCAGGUCAACCUAAUCAACAAAGUACUGCGGAGAAGAUAAAGCAGCUCAAGUCUUUCUGGGAGCAGGAAUGGAAAAAGCCUCCCCUUUACACCAGAAAAAACAAACCUCUUGGUGAUGUUAAAGUUGCCCGCGGUGCAAAUCAAUCAAGACUCAAUAAAAGGUUUACAAAGUCAGACUACGAUCUGACAUCCAUUGGACAUGAUUCAGGCAGCGAUGACGGACGCUCUGAUAGAAACGAUCACAACUUUACCGUUCUUCCUUUGAAUCAGACAAAAUUGUCCCCGACCCUACGUGCAAACCGGACGCAAUUCAAUACUCUGCGUGACUUCUGGGACGAGGGCAUGCCAGAUACCAAGGAAUCGUCCAAGUUCAGUCCCCCUGGGAUCUACUACGUGUCAGAAAGACCUGCUGCCACGAAAUCACCUCAGACUCUCCAGAAUCAAUCAAAGGCGCCACACGAAAGGCAACCGGUAUCAACAGCAGCGAAUGAUGGCAAGAAAAAUCUGUCCAAUUAUGCGACGGCUGAGUGCAAAAGCAGCACAAAAGACGCAAAUGGAGAGGAGAAACCCCCCAAAAGCCAGAGUAGAGCAGGGAAAGAGAUUCUUUCUCCAAAGAGAAGAAAAGACAGCUUUUGCCUUUCGAGCGGUCGUGGAAAACUCAUUCGUCGCACAACCAGCAUGUUUUCUCUGAGAGAUCCUGAUGGGAAAGAGCUAAAAAUGGAAGUUAGCCCCGUCCACUCCCAGAGCAGGAAGCAGAGGCAGAACGCCGAAAAGGGGCCUUUGCCAAAAAGAUCCUCAGAGGAGCCUGAGACCCUGACUCCUCGUGCACGAGCUUAUGUUCCCAAAGACUACCGGCACUACCUGGGCAUGACGGACGAGUCCAGCCUGCGCACCUCUCCCCCCUCCGCUGUGCAGGACGAGGGGUCAGAACAAAACUCCGGGUACGAGAUCGACCUGGACGGGACGGUGAGGGCCAGCACUCCGGCGAGCUCGGAGGAGCGUCACAGCAGAGGGGGCGGCAAAACAACUCAGCGCCAGUCGUGGGCAAACUACAGCAGUUCAGAUGCAGGUCAGGAAUCCUCCGUGAGCAGCACAUCAGAAACCUGGUCCAACUCAAGGAUCAGUUCAAACCGGGAGAAUGAUGCUGAGGGUCAAAGCCUCGUAAGGAAAGCAUUGCGGAGAGCAGAAGCAAGGCCUAGAAAUCUGGCUAAAAGUAUGGAGGACAUCACAGCAUCUUCAUCACCACGACAAGAAGAAAGACAAGACCCAACAGCUGACAUGAGACGCAUUAGUAACGUCUCAUCCAUCCCGUCGCCAUCAUCACCCUUAUUUUCGGAUCCGGAGCACCUGAAGAAAAUAAGCAAAUCGGUUCCCUCAUUUUUAGAGAAGGAGGACAGUGGCAGAGACACUGACUUCCCCUGCGAGGACAGUGACCGAACUGGACGACUAAUGACGGACAGCUCUUUGAAUAACCUCACCGGCUCGUCUGGCAUGUUGUCCUUGUCUUCUUUGAGUGGAAGUGUGAUGACCAUGUAUAACGGGGAUUUUGGGAACGUGGAGGUUCAGGGAAAUAUCCACUUCUCCCUCAACUACGUCCAGAGGCUCAGAGAAUUUCACAUUUUUGUCACUGAGUGCCGAGACCUGGCUGCAGUCGACGCGAAGAGAGGCCGCUCUGACCCGUAUGUAAAAAGCUACCUGGUUCCUGACAAAGCAAAUCUGGGAAAGAGGAAAACAUCUGUGAAAAAGAAGACACGAAAUCCAACUUUCAACGAGAUCCUCAGAUAUCGUGUUCGCAUGGAGUACCUCAGAACCCAGACGCUCAUUCUCUCCGUUUGGCAUCACGACACUUUUGGCAGGAACAGUUUCCUGGGAGAGGUCGACGUCGACCUCUCCCAGUGGGACUUUGACCACACCCGGAUGAACUACUUAGGCCUGAAAGCGAGGACCGCGACUACUCUGGCGCCAUCCCACGGUCAAGGAGAGAUGAGAGUAGCCAUACGUUUCCUGCCAGAGAUCAUCCGCAGCGACGGAUUAAUUAAGGAAGGUCCGAACACUGGAGAACUUCACAUUUGGGUGAAAGAAUGCAAGAACUUGCCGCCAAUUAGGGCCACCAUCGACCCCUAUGUUAAAUGCUUUGUGCUGCCGGACACGAGCAGGAAGAGUCGCCAGAAGACGCGCGUGCUGCGGAGGACAGUGGACCCGGCGUUUAACCACACGAUGGUGUACGAUGGCAUCAGACAGGCCGAUCUAUCGGAAGCCUGCGUGGAGCUCACCGUCUGGGACCAGGACAGGCUGGCCAGCAACCUGCUGGGGGGCCUGAGACUUGGACUUGGAAAAGGCAGAAGUUACGGAGCACUGGUGGACUGGAUGGACUCAACUCCUUAUGAGGCGUCCAUGUGGGAGCGCAUGAUGGCCUCGCCAACUGAAUGGGUGGAGGAUAUGCUCCCAUUAAGAGUGCUGAGCUCUGCAAAAACUGGAUUCAAAUAACUCAAGUUGUACACGAAAACACUAUCAAUUAACAGUUUUAAAGAUUUCAAUUCAGUCUGGAAAAGAUUUCGACAGAUUUAUAAUGUCUGGCUUUCGUCUAGCGACAUUGAUAUCACAAACAAAAAGCACACUGGAAUAUGCAAUAAAGGUGUAAUAAACCCUGAAUAAAGACAGAAACUACACAUUACAAAGGUAAUAUACAAAGAAUACCUGGCAGUACAUGUUGAUAGGCUUCAAUUACCCAUAGUUGUACCAAUAUAUAUAUAUAUAUUUAAAACUAAAUACCACCCAUUUUGGGAAAAGUUUGAUAUUUGCUCCUAAUGUGCAACUGUAUGAACCCUAAAUAUCUCAUGAGCCAACUUAUCACACUUGAUGUAGGGAUAAUAUUAUUGUAAUAUUGUAAGUCACUUUGGAUAAAAGCGUCAGCUAAAUGACAUGUAAUGUAAUGUAAUAAUAUUUACAUAUUUGAAGACAACUUUGUUGAACUAGUCUUCACAUUUCACUAUCCCAACUUCUUACAGACACACAGAUAUAUGAAAUCUAACAAGCCGAUGUGCACAUUUUAAGGUAACAUUGUCAACUUUUCCACCUUUGUGUAAAAUGAUCAAAUCAAAUUGCAAUAGGACUGUGUGGAUAAAUAAGCUCAACUUCCAAACAGACAUUUUGAAAGUUUGGAUAUGUAAAGCUUCAUGACAUCGCAGGAAACUUCAUUUGUUGAUUAAGACCAUGUAAUGUGUCUGAAAGCUCCAGAAUAAAACAAAUGACUUGACCUUCUUUAUGCAACCUAAAUGUACUUCAUUAAAUCCGUUGCACUUUGUCACUGUUAAGUUGAGGUAUUAGUGGAGAGGGCAGUCCAGGUUUAGCUGCUCUUUUCACCAAAAUAACGUACCCUCUGGAAGCAGAAAGAAAUCAAACUGUCGAACUGUAAAAAAGGUCAAAAACAAGUAAACACCUAUAGACACCUAGUAAAUGUAUGUAUUUUAAUGUUGUUUGAUAUAUAUCUGAACCCACCUGUCUCUAUACUGGCAGUAGUAUGAUGGUCCUCUCAAGUUCAUUAGCUCAUCUGUGUUGAUUACACCGUCAUGUCCUUGACGACAGGAAGGAGAUGAAUAGGGGAGCAGAUGUCUGUUGUAAAGCAGGUGUCUUUGUGCAGACACCUUGUCCUGUGCUCCUGCUCUU